CGAAGCUCGCGGCAAGGAGAAAUUCUAACCGAAUUCAAGAAGAUUGCAAGCACUGAAACAGAAGGAAGAAGAACGCGGCGACACAUCAAAACCGAUCCAUUCGUAGCCGUCGCCGAUCCGUCCUCCCGUCGUCAUCGCCGGUACAUUAAGUUGCUAAUAUUGCUUUGCUUUGCUUGCUAAGCAAUUUGCACCGAGGUACAUUCCAGAGCUUGAUUCAUUGAUAGAGAUGGCAACAGUUCCCGAGCCGAAGCGGAAGACUUGUUCCUACAUUUUCCACCGUGAGCCUUUGACAUCUCUGAUUGAGUUGAGUAGUCUUGUGACCAGUGAUCGUCUGAGGGGGUUUGUGGAUCAGUAUGGGGAUAUUCUGACUCUGUUGAAGAUGGUAGUUGACCCGGUGCCGUUACAGACGCUUCUUCAGUUCUAUGACCCAGAGCUUAGAUGUUUCACUUUCCAGGACUAUCAGUUGGCGCCUACUCUCGAGGAGUACUCCAUUCUGUUGGGUGUCCCUGUUCGGCAUCAGGUUCCUUUCCUGGACGUACCGAAGGAGGUCGACUUCAGGGUUAUUGCUAGGGCUUUGCAUCUAAGUAUCCGAGAUAUCAGUGAUAGUUGGAAGACCAAUGGGGACGUUGUGGGUCUACCCUUGAAGUUUCUGCUGAGAGUUGCCAGAGGAGAAGCAGAGAAGGGGAAUUGGGGAGCUUUUCAUGCCCAGCUUGCUGCGAUGAUCUAUGGGAUCGUCCUGUUUCCUAGUAUGCCCAACUUUAUUGACUAUGCUACAGUCUGCAUCUUCAUUGGAAGGAAUCCAGUUCCUACUCUGUUAGCUGACACUUACUAUGCUAUCCACAGUAGGCAUGGUAAGGGUGGGGCCAUCAGGUGUUGUCUCCCACUGUUGCUCAGAUGGUUCAUGUCUCUCCUACCAGUCAGUGGGCCGUUUGUCGAUGCUCAGAGCACUUAUAGGUGGACUCAGAGGGUGAUGUCUCUCACUUCAUAUGAUAUCAGAUGGCAGUCAUACCGGAUGGAUGUGCGAGAUGUUAUUAUGAGUUGUGGAGAAUUCCGGAACGUGCCACUUGUGGGGACCAAGGGUUGCAUCAAUUACAACCCAGUUCUUUCCCUUCGCCAGUUGGGAUUCAUUAUGAGUAGAAGGCCACUUGAAGCUGAGAUAGAUGAGAGUGUGUAUUUUGAGAAGAAAAAUGACCCCGCUAGAUUGGAGCAGAUUGGAAGAGCCUGGAAGUCCAUUGGUGUCAGAGAUGGAUCCAUUUUGGGGAAGAAGUUUGCCAUUGCUAUGCCUGAUUACACAGAUUGGGUGAAGAAGAGAGUGGAAACUUUAUUGCUGCCCUAUGAUAGGAUGAAUCCGUUGCAAGUGCAACCACCCUUGAUUCUUGCUGAUACUGUGCCCGCUGAGCAGUACAAGCAAGCUCUGAUGGAGAGCCGUCGCCUGAAGGAGAAAGAGCAGGAUGCCCAGAGGGAGUUGUACCAAGCCAAAGCUGAAAAGCUGAACCUGUCUCAUCAACUCAGAGACAUCCAGAGUGCAGAUGUUGGGGGAGUAAGGAGUAAGAAGAGAUCUUAUUCAGAGAUGGAGACCUUGCUAGAUGCAGAGCACAGAGAGUGUUUGAGAUUGCAGAGAGCUGAAGCCAGUUAUCUGAAGAAGAUCAGAGACUUGGAGAAGCAGAUCAAAGCCAAAGAUAUCCAGUUGAAGAAGGAAGUCGACCAGAGACUUGCAUCAGAGACCCAGCUAGGGGCAGAGGUUAUUGAGCUUAGAAGACAGUUGAAGGAGAAGAUCACUCCCUUGCCAGAAUGUUCAGAGUGUGAACUGUUGAUAGACCAGUGUCACUACUUGAAGACGCUCAUUCCUGGAAGUAGCUUGUCUUAGCUUGUAUUUUCCUGAUGUUAUGAAUCACCCCCAGGCUUGUUGGGUGGGAUUCAUUUGUUGUACUUUGUUGGAUAUUUGGAUCUUUGUUGUAUGAUCCAGUUGCUCAUUUAUAGAUGAGAUUUUGGUUUCACUCUGUAUUCAUUACUCAGUUGUAGGAUGUCUCUAUAUCUCCCUGUGGCUUUUGCGUUGUUGCAGGUUGUCAUUUCUUGAGAUGAAUCAGGCUCUUUGAAUGCCUGAGAGAUGAUCAUUAUCAUGUGCAUCAUAUGCAUUAGCAUCAUGCACAUAACAUUUGCAUAACAGGUGUUCUUAAGCCG